AUGGCCAAUACAUCCAGUGACGAGAGUGAUGCCCAAUUGGGCGAGUUGCAUUUCGAGGCAGAAGAACCUCGAGAGAGGCCAAUCGACGACACCCCAGUCGCACCUAGCCACGUGAUCGAUGAUGAUGACGACGAUGAUCCACAGAUUGCUCUAGCGGAUGCAGACCUCACUACACAAGAUUCUCUUGGUGCUGAUCUGGACGAAAGAACAAGACACUAUAUAGCAAAAAAUGGCAUUGCGAUUUUGGUUCCUCCUGUAAAGCGGCAAUGGGAGUAUCAAGUCUACGAGGAACCCUUCGUCAUGGAAAUCGUCGAAGAGUAUGAGGACAAUGAUGAAGUGUCAUAUCUUGUCCGUUUCGAGGAUGGGAGCGAUGAGACGGUACCCUUCGAUGAGCUACUACAACUCGAAGGUGGCUCCGAAGCGAUUGCUGACUUCAAUGCUCAUGAACCAUCCGAUUCAGACGUAGUUGCAGCUGCUCCCACCCGGAAAAGUACAAGGCCAACACAGAAGAAGUCUUCAAGCAAGACGUUUUCAGGGCUCCUCGACUCCUCAGAGGAAGACGAAUUUGUAACAAUGAGUUUUACAGGACCAUCCCGCAAUAAACGUCAAUCAUCCUCCACGAAGACCUCCAAAGCCAGACGUCCUGUUCGCCGUUUACCGAAGCGGUCUUUCCAAAGCACCAUGUCAUCUGAUCUGGAACCUAGCAGUGAGGAUUCUGAUCUUGUCUUCAAGAAGCGCAAGACCGGCCAGCAAGGCACGAGAUCUACAAGAGCAGCUGCACAAAAGCGUGUCAAUUAUAACGACGCUGCUGGUCUAGAAGAACUGGACUCUGAUACCAGCUCUGGCUCGGGACGCAGAAACUCUCGUAGGGGCAGACGGGGAAGACCGCGCGCCUCCCUCGUUCUGAAGCCUCCGAGGAGACCAUCCCCAGAAGGGGCACGGAGAUCUGGUCGCAAUGCGCUGUUUUCAAGGAGUAUGAGGGAGGUAGAUGAAGACAAUAUCCCUGAGCAAGGCUUCACAAGCAACAGUAUCAAAUACACUGGUGCGAAAGAGCAUUUCAAAAGACUGCCUGAAAAUGAUCCCUUCAGAGAUCGCCACUGUCAAACAUGUGACGUAUGCUAUGAGGUCGGUGACAACGAAGAACGCGGGCGUAUGGUGUUCUGUCAGGGGUGCACUCUGGCUUACCACCAAAAGUGCCUAGGUCACCGUGGAAGUCGAGAUCAUCUGGUCACGAAAGUCGAUGAGCGAGACUUCGUUUUGCAGUGUAGACGUUGCGUCAAUCUUGCGAAAGUCAAAGACUCUACGGCGCCCAAUCAAAGUAAAUGCUUCGAAUGCGAUAAGAACGGGCCUACUUCAAACCCCUUCCGAGAGCGGAAGACAGUGAAGCAGGAACAGAAGGAAAGAGAAGAGAAUGACGGAGAGGAUCCGAUCGUGGACGUUGAUCCUGGUCUGGUCAACAAUUACGAAAAUGUCCUCUUUAGAUGCCUGGCAUGUUAUCGCGCGUGUCAUCUUCAUCAUCUCGAACAACGUGAUGACCUAGGCAUCGCUAGUAUUUUGGGUGCAGGCGACAGAGAGAAGGCUGAGAGGCGACUGAAGGAAUAUUCCCGUGAUUGGCGAUGCAAGUUGUGUGCCGAAGCACCGGCAGAAGUUGAUGGCCUAGUCGCAUGGCGUCCUUUGCAUAUAGAAUCAUAUCAACAUGGGACGACGACCGACAUGGUCGAAGAAGAUAAUAAAGAAUACCUUGUUAAAUGGAAGAAGCUCCCACAUACGAAGAUUACCUGGAUGCCGGGGCCUUGGGUCUGGGGUAUGACUAGCGCUACUAUGAGAAAAGCCUUUGCCAAAAGAGACAAUGAGCACAAUCUUCCAAAGAUGACCACGGAUGAAGCCGUUCCUGAAGAAUUCAUGCGGGUGGACAUCGUGUUUGACAUCGAGUACACCAAUGUUGUCAAUCUGCACACGCUCGAUGUUGAUUUGAAACGUAUCAAAGAAGUAGAUAAGGCUUUGGUGAAGUUCAAGGGCCUUGGCUAUGAAGACACAGUCUGGAUUGAGCCGCCUCAACCCAACGAAGCCGAACGUUACCAGGACUGGAAAGGCGCGUACGAGGAAUGGGUUUUGGGUAUGCACAUUACUUUGCCCAUCCCCAAGACUUUAUCAUCCCACCUUUAUAGAAUUCGCAAGCAAAGCUUCGACCAGCAUUACGCACUAAAGACUCAACCUGAAAGCCUAACAGGGGGCAAAUUGAUGGAUUACCAGCUUGAAGGUAUCAAUUGGCUUCACUAUCAGUGGUUUCGACAGCAAAAUGCAAUUCUAGCAGAUGAAAUGGGGCUAGGAAAGACAAUUCAGAUCAUUGGUUUCCUUGCAAAUCUCAAGGAAACCCACGGAUGCUGGCCAUUUCUCGUGGUUGUACCAAACUCGACCUGCCCCAACUGGCGACGAGAGAUAAAACAAUGGGCGCCAAAGCUUCGAGUAGUAAGCUAUUACGGAUCGUCAGAAGCGAGAAAAUUAGCUGCAAAGCAUGAGCUUUUCCCGAACGGACCCAAAGACUUGAGAUGUCAUGUCGUUGUCACAUCUUACGACGCUGCCCAGGACGGAGAAUUCCGUCAAGUGUUUCGGGGUGUUCGAUGGCAGGGCCUCAUUGUUGACGAAGGUCAACGUUUGAAGAACGAUAAAAGUAUUCUUUACGGCUCGUUGAACGCUCUGCGAGCCCCCUUCAAGGUUCUUUUGACCGGUACACCGCUUCAAAACAAUGCUCGAGAAUUGUUCAAUUUGCUACAAUUCCUAGACCCAUCCCAAGAUGCCGAGAAAAUGGAUGAACAUUACAUGGACUUAGACGCAGAAAAAGUGAAAGAGCUACACGAGAAAUUGAAACCUGUCUUCCUUCGGCGAACCAAAGCUCAGGUCCUUUCAUUCCUACCCCCGAUGGCGCAGGUGAUAGUCCCGGUGUCUCUUUCGAUAUUGCAAAAGAAACUCUACAGGUCCAUCCUCGCCAAGAAUCCUGAUCUCAUCAAGUCAAUCAUAGGAUCAAGCAGGAAAUCACUCAAGCAGAAUGAGCGCGCCAACCUCAAUAAUAUUUUAAUGCAGCUCAGGAAAUGUCUUUGUCAUCCUUUCGUUUACAGCAAGCAAAUUGAAGAGAGAAGCCGCGAUCCGAUUGUGUCACAUCGAAAUCUGGUAGACGCUUCGUCAAAAUUGCAGCUACUAGAAAUGAUGUUACCACGGCUACAAGACCGAGGUCACCGGGUACUGAUCUUCAGUCAAUUUCUGGACAUGCUAGAUAUCAUUGAGGACUUUCUAGACGGCAUUGGACUACUGCAUCAAAGGCUUGACGGUAGUAUGAGUUCCCUCCAGAAGCAGAGGCGUAUAGACGAGUUCAAUGCGAAGGGUUCAAGUCUAUUUGCAUUUUUGCUUUCCACACGUGCAGGAGGUGUGGGGAUCAACUUAGCCACCGCAGAUACCGUCAUUAUCCUCGAUCCAGACUUCAACCCCCAUCAAGAUAUCCAAGCGCUCUCACGAGCACAUAGAAUUGGCCAGGAGAAGAAGGUCCUUGUUUUCCAGUUGACAACUCGCUCAACCGCAGAGGAGAAAAUUAUGCAGAUAGGCAAAAAGAAGAUGAUGCUGGAUCACGUUCUCAUCGAGCAAAUGGCUGCGGAGGAUGACGCUGGAAUGGACCUUGAAUCUAUCCUGCGCCAUGGCACAGAAGCGAUCUUUGCUGAUGAUGAUGACACUCAGGAUAUUAAAUAUGAUAUUGCCUCCAUCGACAAGCUUCUUGACCGUAGCCAAAUCGAAAACACUAAAGCCGACAACGACAAGUCUGCAGAAUCCCAAUUCAGUUUUGCAAAAGUCUGGGUCAAUGACAAGGGUGCUUUGGAGGAAGGCUUGCAAGACGUAACGGAAGGGGAACCCGAUCCUUCGCUUUGGGACAAGAUAUUGAAACAGCGAGAGCUAGAAGCCGCCGAGGAAGCUGCAAUGCAUGAGAAAGAGUUCGGUAGAGGACGUCGAAGGCGAGAGAUGGUGGACUACUCUGGAGGGGCAGGCGACGAUGUGCCUGACGCGUCGCCAUCCCAUACGAGGGUCUCGAGACGCUCUGCCGAGUCUGAUAGUGACACCGACUUCCAAGCCUCUGGGGAUGAGAGUGACGAUGCUAAUAUGCCAGAUGGCGACGGUGAAGACGCUGCUAAUGAGUUACACGAGCCUAAGGAGCGUCCAUCCAAGAGUGCUUUAGUGGACAGUCGAAGCUUUAGACGCGCAGAGUUGCCUUUAUUGACCCCGCGGGGCGCAGCUCUCACCAACGGACGCGCAGGCUCUGUGGAAAGCGACGACGGGCAAUAUCAUCCCUGUCUUGCCUGUGGUGAAAAGCAUGAUACUGGAUAUUGUCCUCUGAAGCUUGCAGGAGUCGAAAUCUGCAAUCUUUGUGGCUUGGCACACUAUGGUCAAGCUCGAACUUGCCCUCACCUGAACUCAGUCACUCAGCUUCGGGCCAUGAAUGAGUCCAUUAAACGUAGCCGAGAGCCCCAUGAUCUAAAAGUGCUUGCGAAGAAGCGGAUUGUUGGCAUCAUUGGGGACUUGAACCAACGGAAGAGGAAGAAACACGAAGCCCAGCAGAUGCACCCCAGGAGGGAUUUGCCAAAUCUGCAACCUCCACAUAUGUCGAAUGGUGGAAUUGCCCCGCCGAAGAUGCAGCCCAAUGGCGAGCAUAUGUCUCCUUACUUCACCAUGAAUGGAGAAAAAGAGAACAAUCAAUUCAGAGGCAUUCCCCCUCCGCAAAUAACAUGA